AUGUCCUCGCCGCCUCCUCUGACUCUGUUUGUGGUCUUCGUGUGUGUGACGCAGGAACAGGGCCUCGUCGGAAUUCGUUGUCUAAUGCUGGAGCAUUUGACCACGGUCGUCUUCAACACUCUCCUUUCCGGUCGCCCAUUUGCUGCACACUCGUCUGCAUCCUCGAGCUCUGCCCUGAGGAUGGUCACGCGCUCGCGCCAUAAAAUUCCGCAGGACUUCUUCACGCCACGUCCACGGCGCGUGAAGGGAAAGGAGAGGGCACGCCCAGAGGAUGAUGCGUGCGAUCCCUGCACAGGUACAGAAGGUACAAUAAUGAGGGGCAUGCAUUCGUCGUCUGCAGGCAUCUCAUUGCGACAGAGACCACGGCGAAUAUCGGGUCACAAGCUGAUGCGCACUCUCUCUCGAGGCGGCACCUCCUUCCUGGGCACGCCCGCCCAGCGGCGACACUCGUCAAAUCUUCCGGACGCAUCGUCAAGUGCUACACCGUCGGAGCAGCAGGCGUGGAUCGACAAGAUCAACGCAUUCGCGACUUGGAAAAACGAGGCGGCGACGUGGAACGGGGAGUUCGACUACGAGGACGCAUGGCGGGCGUACGAGGCGCUCGACGCGGCAAACGGGUGCGACCUAGUGCCGGUGGAGGUGUUUAUGCAAUUUGCAUCGCGGAUCGCGGACGGGGCGCAAGGGCUGGACUUCCGGUCGUCGUUGCUGGACUCGAUGCCGCUGUGGGGCACGCGGCUGCAGAUGCUGCUGCACGCGCUCGCGGGUCGAAUCAGGCCGCACUCGGGGCUCCAUGUCCGCUGGCGCUCGUUGGAGACGCGAGGGCUCGCGAUGGCGGGGCAGUACGCGGAGGCGGCGCGGGAGGCGCGAGAGCUGGCAGGGACAGAGAUGGAGCAGAAGAGUGUAACGUACGUGGUGGAGGCGUACACGACGAUCGUUUCGCUUCUUCGGCAGAUGCGGCACCCGGUGGUGGCGUUCGAAGUGCUGCUGGGAGAGUGGGAGGCGGUGCAGCCAUUCUUGCAGCAACGGACGAUGGUCUGGGGCGACUCGAUUCUGCGGCUGAAAAUUUCCAGGUUCAAGGAGGUGGUACAUUCGGUGGUGAUGGGGGUGGAGAACAUGGCGGCGUACAUGUUAACGGCCCAGAAGAACUGGACACCAGAGCGGCAGAGAAGCACGGACGAGUUCCUGAUCCGGACGCUCUGCCGGGUAAGAUUGCCCCACGACGCGCUGGCCAUGUUGGAUAUGGCGCUGACGCAGAAGGUGCAAGUACAUUUGGACGUGCAGUUGCUGGUGGUCAAGACGCUCGCGAAGGAGGAUGCGUUUGAACAGGCAAACAAGUUGUUCAGCUCUCUGUCUCAGUGGACGACGUCGGCACUUUUCUUCAGGAAGUACCAAUCUCUGGGUCUCUUCCUAUGCGCGCACCAAGGAGAUGUGGUACGUUCCGAGGAGUAUUUCGAUCGACUUGCUCAACGUUCAUGGGUCAGCAUGGCCGACAUCAACAUGCUGAUGCACGCGCACGCUGUUCGUGGGGACACUGACCGCGUCAUCGAAUUGUUCCACCACUUCUUUCCUAUAAACGUCAAGGAUCGACCAGCUCCUACGCUCUACCACUACACCACGGUCAUUUUCGCGCACGCACAACGCAGUGAUUUCGACGGAAUCAAUACUUGGCUAGAGCGCAUGACGGAGGCCGGCAUUCUCCCAGAUAUGCAUGUCUACAGCGUCAUCCUGCACAGUUUCGCUAUGCGCGGGGAACUGAAGUCCAUGGUUGAGCUCCUGGACCAGAUGCGCGAGAGCGGCUUGCAACCCACACGAGUCUUGUAUACUACUAUCAUUUCUCUGCUCGCGACGCGCAAGGAUCCCGCGGCGGCGGAGGACGUCUACAAACGCGCCCUCGGUGAAGGAAUCAUCCCGGAUCGCCGCAUGCUGACUGCGUUGAUGAACGCUCAUGUCGAGGCUGGUCAAUGGAGCGGUGUCAUCCGCGUUUUCGACUACCUAGCAUCUUCUGCCACACUCGGGCUUCGACUGACGAUCGAGGUCUUCAAUACGCUCCUCAAGGCGUACGUUCUCAUCGGCGCGCCCUUUCGCGUUGUUGCGGGAUUAUUCCAACGGCUCGAACAAGCGAAGGUGAAGCCUGACCAGUAUACGUUCGCGCUGCUCGUGCAGUCCGCGUGCGAUUCAGGACUAAUGGGUAUCGCCACGGAUCUCGUAGCGGAGAUGGAACGCCUCUCGGAGAGCUGGGAGACACACUUUCAUUUAAACGUCUACGUGUUCACGAUCCUCAUGGCGGGACACUUACGCCAGAAACACAGAGCCAGGGCGCGGGCAGUCUAUGAGAACAUGAAGGCGCGGGGCAUCGAGCCAACUGCUGUCACGUACAGCGCGAUCAUCAACGCGUAUGCGCACGAGAAGAGCGGGGAGGGGUUGAAGAUCGCGGAAGAGUUCCUUCAUUCUCUCCUGUCGACAGACCGGGACCAGCGGCCGUGGAUGAAGCCGGCUGGACGCAGACAGUUACCUCUUGAGAUGGUCUAUGCCCCGAUCAUGGUUGCGCACACAUGGCGUGAAGAUCCAGAGGCUGUUGAACGCCUGUAUCAGGAGAUGCUUGACAACGGCGGGGAACCGACGCUUGGCACAAUGACCGCUCUGUUCGAUGCCUAUCGGCGGAAAGGCGACCUCCAAGCCGUGUACCGCACCUGGCCGCAGAUAGUUGAGUUGGGCCUCCGCUAUUCCCGUGUGAAUGGUCUCUUCAACGGUAUGGCGGACGGGGCCAGACCAAAUUUGCGCAGCCAGGGCACUUCCAUGUGCAUCCCACUCUCGAUAUACCUCGAUGCACUGUCCGCUUCUGGUCGGCACUCUGAGAUCCCGAAGGUGUGGACGUCGCUCAGGGAGGAAGGUCUUUCAUUCGAUUCCCACAACUGGAACCAUCUCGCCGUGGCACUGGUGCGUGCUGGGGAGCCCGAGCGUGCGUUCGAGGUCAUAGAGAGGGUCAUCCUGCCAUACCGAAACAAAAGCCGAGGGCUCGCGACAUCAAGGGACCCACACCCAGAAUCCCCACUCAGUACAUCCCUUCCUCCUCAAGAAGAGGAGGACGACUUGCCACCUGCGCCUUCUGAAGCACCGAUGCACUUCACGAGGCGCAGGGCUCUCGCAGUAUAUCUUGCGCGCUUGAAGGCCAAGGGCCUGGAGGACGAGGGAAAGAAGGACUUCGCCCAUGGGUUGCAUGUGCUGCACCAAAUUUCUCCGCUUUGGAACGUCUGGCGUGCUCACGCCGUGACCAUGAGGGUACUGCACGGUGUGCUCGUUCAUUUGGAGGGUGGCCAGUUGAUCCAACCGUAUCGCCCUGGCGUCGACUCGAACGAGGAGACUGCCGUGGACGUGCAGAGUCUCCUUAACAGGCGGACGGCAGCGUUGGAGAUCCUGGACAGGAUUCAUGCCAACUACCCACAUACGGUACGCUUACUUCGCGAGUACGAGAUCAUCAGGAAGGCGUCGAAUCGUAGGCAAGUAGCCAAGCGCUCGAUGUAG